GUUAAUACAGAAUGGAUGAGAAUUACACCAGUAGAGGUGUUCAUGGCAUCCGCCCUACUGCUCCUUACAACAACCGAACUGGUCCCGAAGAAUUGACAAUGAAGGUCGCAAUGUGUCCGGUAGAUACACUUGCCCUAUCGAACAAUGUAUACAUUGCCCCAGGUCAAUUCAACUCUCAAGACCAUUACAUUAUUCUCAAUGGUGAAUUCGUGUUUACGAUGAGAGUCGAUAAUACUAUGCAAAAGGGAUUGAUUGGUACCAACGCUAUGCAACGUCGUUGGGCUCAAUUCUCGCUCAACCAGGAAGUGGUCGCGACACCUUACGAUCCAUUUUCUGGUGGAACUGACAUUUAUCUUGCUACUCUCAAAAUCGAAACUGGAUUUUUCCGCAAGAGUAUGCAAGUUAGCGAUGAUUUUGACACAGAAGAGAUGGCCAAGGCCUUUUCAUUGACGUUUCAUAAUCAAAUCUUCACAAUUGGCCAACCGCUAGUAUUUGAGUUCCAGGGUAUCAAGUUGACUUGCAAGAUCAGUGAUCUGGAUGUAGUCGAACUCGAAACCCUCAAGGCCGGGUCCAAGAACGAAGCCGAGUCCCACGGUUCUGGAAGAAAGGCCACCCGGGGUCUGUUGAUGCACCAAACCUUGAUUCAAUUUACAAAAUCUGCCGACUCGACUAUUCGUCUCAAGGGAGCCAAGCGUUCGUCUGCUGCAAAGCCUUUGAUUAGAGCUGAUUUCAAGUUUGAGGACCUUGGUAUUGGUGGUCUGGACACUGAGUUCAGUGCGAUUUUCAGACGUGCUUUUGCAUCUCGUAUCUUCCCGCCUUCGAUUGUUGAAAAGUUGGGUGUUCAGCAUGUCAAGGGUAUUUUGCUUUAUGGACCUCCGGGAACAGGAAAGACCCUGAUGGCUCGUCAGAUCGGAAAGAUGUUGAAUGCACAGGAACCCAAGAUCGUGAGUGGUCCCGAGGUCCUGAGUAAGUUUGUUGGUCAGAGUGAAGAGAAUGUUCGAAAGCUUUUCGCGGAUGCCGAGACAGAGUACAAGUCCAAGGGCGAGGAUUCUAGUCUGCACAUCAUCAUUUUCGAUGAGCUGGAUGCUAUCUGUAAACAGCGUGGUAGCCGUGGUGACAGUACCGGAGUUGGAGACUCUGUAGUCAAUCAGUUGCUAGCAAAGAUGGAUGGUGUAGAACAAUUGAACAACAUCCUUAUUAUUGGUAUGACCAACCGAAAGGAUAUGAUUGAUGAGGCUCUGUUGCGUCCUGGUCGUUUGGAAGUACAUAUGGAAGUUGGGUUACCUGAUGAAAAAGGUCGUGCUCAGAUCCUCAAGAUUCACACAGCAAAGAUGAGAGACAAUGAUAUUUUGGAUAAUGAUGUGUCUUUGGAAGAAUUAGCUGAUAUGACAAAGAAUUACAGUGGUGCUGAAAUUGCUGGUGUAGUCAAAGCUGCAUCCUCUUAUGCCUUUAGUAGACACAUUAAGGUGGGUACUGUAGCAGGAGUUGCACCAGAUGUAGAAACAAUGAAGGUCAAUAUGGAUGAUUUUAUGGCUGCGCUUCAAGAAGUACCUCCUGCUUUUGGUGUUUCCGAGACCGAGUUGAAACAAUGUGUCCAGAACCAGGUUAUUCCAUUUGCACCCCACAUUGAGCAAAUAUUGGCAGACGGUAAAUUGUAUGUGGAUCAAGUACGCCAAUCAUCCAGAACUCCUUUGGUUAGUGUCUUGCUUCACGGUCCUGCAGGUAGUGGAAAGACAGCCUUGGCAGCCACAAUGGCUAUGGAAAGUGAGUUUCCGUUUAUCAAGCUUAUCUCUCCCGAGACAAUGGUUGGACUUAAUGAGACAGCCAAGAUUGCCGAAAUUAACAAGGUCUUUAAUGACUCUUACAAAUCUCCUAUGAGUGUGAUUGUGAUUGAUAGUAUCGAGCGUCUUUUAGACUGGGUUCCCAUUGGUCCUCGUUUCUCAAACGCCGUGCUCCAGGCAUUGCUUGUACUUCUUAAGCGUAAGCCUCCAAAGGAUCGCCGACUGUUGAUCCUCGGCACGACUACCGAGCGAUCUAUCCUUGAGCAGAUGAACAUGACAGAUAGCUUUGAUUCUGACAUAUAUGUUCCAACCAUCACCAACCUUGAGGGUGUAGAUAUUGUUCUUCAGCAAUUGGAGCUGUUUACUAAUCAAGAGCGGGAAAGAACCUUGUCUAUUCUGGCUGAUUCUGGUGCUGACAAGAGGCUAGCUAUUGGAAUAAAGAAGCUGCUGAUGGUUAUUGAGAUGGCCAGACAGGAUGCUGACAAGAUUGAGAAAUUUGUCAAUACAAUUCUGGCCUUGACUUAAGCUUAGCUUUGUAUAUUUUCUUUUAUUCCCUUUUUCUUUUUUCUUAUGUGUAUUAGAACCACAAUUCCACAGUGGUGUAUGUGUUGAUCAAAUCUUGUGCCGUUAUUCAUGUGAUUCCCCCCUUUUUCUUAUAUGCUUCUUUUCAAGCUUUAUAUCGACUAUAAUAAAGUCUUACUUUGUUUACCCCUAGCCAACUAACCAAUUAACUAACCAAUUAACUAAUU